AUGGCUUUCAGCACCACAAAGAAAGUAGCAGAACAACUUGAAUGGCUCGAACAAAAUAUUACAUUGACUCUCCAAGAGAUUGACCAUAAUUUUUCGUCGUGUCACCAAACAGUGACUACAAGAGUGUUGCCACAAAUUGAACGAUAUGCCGAAGUAUCAAGAGACGUGUGUGAAAACGCAAAGCUUUGGUUAUCAUUUUUCGAAUCUUUGGAUUUAAAUUCUAGUGCAACCACUGACUCUUCACCAGACUCACGAAAAUCAACGAUAUCUCUGUUCGGCAGAAAAGGUGAUGACUCAAAAACGUCAAAAUCACAUAGUGCUGCUGUGUCAUCGAUCUCUUCUACAUUUUUCCCACCUCCAAGUUUAAAUCAUCAUCAAACUCCAAUCUCGGGCUCAAAAGAACAUUUUUUCACGCCAGUUGGGACUUCUACACCUUUUAACUCUGAAAAAAUACCUCGUUUGUUUCGACGCACAUUCUCGCGACAAGUACCAACCCCUGAUUCUUUAGAUACUGAUUUUAGUAAUAUUAGCAAUUAUGCUAUGUAUCGAAACAACCUUCCGAAAAUUGUUGCUAGUCGAAGUAGUAAAGGUACACCGUAUCCUCGACCACCUGCCUCAGUCACCUCAACUAAUGAUUCCGAAUAUCCGGAUAUGUCUCCGCCAGUCACGAUUCAAUUUUCAGUUCCAUCAUCUAUCCUACUUAAAACACCUGCUAAGGAAGCGGCAAAAUGUAUCGUGGAUGAGGUGUUGAAUAUGGCAAGUCCAGUUCCAUCAACACCUUCUGAACUAAAUAACGCUUCUAUUUUGCCGGAAUCCGUGAUAAAAUUUGAUGAAAAUGAUUCAGAUUCGGAAUUUGACGAGGAUAUUUUUCAAAAUUUUACUAUGGAAAUAUAA